AUGGCGCCACCCUUUCACCCGGCAUCGAGACGGCGGCGUCAGUCGCGACUGUCUCAUUAAGGCAUGGAUGACAUAAGUAAGUACUUGCAAGAAGCUUCUUCUUUUUUACCUAUUGGGCUUUCGAUAAAAAUGUUGUAUAUCUCCAGACCGUCUGAGACGAAAGUUCGUUCCUCGGGUAUCUGCCUAACUCCUAGAAUGUUCUUAAUAUUUAGAAAAACCGAUGAAUGACAACUAAAUUGUUUAGUAUAGCAACGAUGCAUGAACAGCAACUAAUUAGUAUAGAACGUAUACUCCGCGAUCGGGUACACUACUACUAAUACUACGAUGAGCCUCUCGUAGACCACAAUCUACACGGCGUCCCCUACCAGCUCGGUAGAUCAACGUUCAUCCAUCAUCGUCCAUGUUGAAUUUUUUUGUUCCGAACAGGCAAUAAAAUCCAUCAUCAUCGAUCAAUUAUCUUCACGGGGCCACUCUUCUACUUCUAAUACGGGGCGCUCAAGCGAGUCGUCUUUCUAGCAACUGUAAACCCAGUAUCUGCAGUGCGCGUUAGCUCUGGUAUGCCACCUCCUUCGUUGCCCUCGUUGUCCAGCUUGGCGAUACCAAUCAAGGACAUCAAGGACCACAGGUCACAGCAGGUGAAACGGUCAAUCACAGACUCGUCUGUAGGGUACUUCAUGAUAUUUUGAAAACUUCGUGUUGCCGAUAGUAGAGAGCGACUAUCUAAGACGCACUGCUGACGUCGAAAGGGCUUUACUAAUGAGGUUGUGAGACUGUUUAUCGAUGAUCAAGAUGCAUUUUAUCAGUUGUCUAGGGGCUGGUAUGCUAGCCAGUGUUGGACUUCAUGGAAUGGAAUAUGACUCAUUUCAUUUUUGACCCUUGUCAGGUGUAUCCAGAGUCAAGCACCUACUACAGUAGGAACCGGCACGACAAGCGGCGCGACGCCUGCUAGUUGCGUAGGACUAGGCGCUGCAGGGUGUCGAGGUAGUGACCAAUAUUAUUCCUUGUGCUAUGAAUUUACUAUUUACUGAUGGCCGGUCCUGCUAGCACUCCUCAGGAUAUUUUUGCCGAACAACUCUGGUGAGGUAGCUUCAUGCUCUUGAUAUAGAUGAGUGGUCUACGAAGCGCACCACGUAUCCUAGAGCGGUGUUGAUCUUUGUAAAUAUUACGUAAGCACAAUUUAUUAGAUAGGGCUCCACCACAAACACAAUGUAAUGGAUAAGAUCACAUGACCAACCACCCCAGAUGAGUUAGAAGCGCCGAGAAGUCCACAUGGAUCGGCUAAAAACGGCGAUGAGGAAGGAUGCGACGACGAGGAGACAAGCCCAAUGUACCUAUCAGUCUGACAAUCUUGCUAAUGCUGUAGAUAUGACUAUGGGGGGAGUAGUACGAUUAUGUCUAACUCUUAGUUUUUACGAGUAGAUCCAUCAAGAAUAAACCAUCGAUGUAUACAUUGACCUUCUGGGUAACCACAAAUGAUACCCCUGGAGUUGGGCUCUUGUUCGUUAUCAUUGUCAUGAUUAUUGUCAUCAUCGUCGUCGUCGUCGUUCUCCAUGUCCAUCUGAUCUCAGGAGCGUUGACGCAGGCGAGUCGGGUGACCCCUCUGGUGCAUUGCGAGGCGAUUGUGCACAACCACAUAUCAGGGACGACCGACCAGCAGGCUAUUUGGCACCACUGAUUGGCGGCGAAAUGCGAGAUUCAGGUAUUUUAUCCUACAGAAAGAGUGUGAUGGUUGGAGUUUCGCACUCUUGUCUUUCUCUAAAUGCUACUUCAUUUACCUAAGAAAUUUAGAUUUCAGUUCCUACUUCAUCUGAAUAUAAGUUAACUCAACCACAUGGUGUCCCACCCUUUAAUUUGUUUUUAUAGGCCAACACGAUUUGCCGGCCCCUGACCAAUCGCAGCCUAGUCAAUUACCGGCAGCUUCAAGAGAAUGCGCUACAUCAGGUGUGCACCGGCGGCAAAAUAGCAACUGGGACGCAGGGCCCGGAGCACCUCAAAACCAGGGCGAAGAUGUCAUCAUCCUUAAGGCGGACUACCGCGUUGCAUUUCUAAAAAGCAUCCGCAACUCACCUCUCCUCCAAGAAGCAUAAUGAUGUUCUCCAAAAGAUCACUAGGUGUGCUCCUAAGUGACUCCUAGAACAAAUCGUCAACAACCACAUCGCAUAAGCCGACCCCUGGCUGCUUGCACGAUCAACAUCCUCAGCAUACCUCAUCAUAUCCUUAGCAUCCUCAUCCUCAUCCUCGCCAUCUCUAACAUAAACGUCAGCCCCCAGCUGAAAAAUGAAUGGGCUCCUCCGGAGCGGGGAAAGCGUCCACCUAAACUCGACGAACUAAGUCCGCUUAUGGCUCCUACUUUUAUACGCGUGACACAUCAUUUUUUUCGAAAGUGAUAUUUUUUCGCCAAAGAGGUGAUAUUUCAUAUUGACAUGUAACUUUAGUGGUUGCAAAACAGAGUAAGCCUGCUGCACACCUAGCCCGACAUGCCACAAUCGGCGGGGGUGACUGUGAAGGCUAGACAUACCAUAGUCGACCGCAAUGACGACAAUAGCCUAAUACACACAGAGCACAAAGAAACCCGGCAGGAUCGUCCGCGCCGCCCGGAGCGCAUUGAUACAAACCAACAAAGUAGGAAUUUUGGUAAUAAUGUGAAAGCCAAAAAAUUUAAUGAAGCUAGUUUUUUGGGAAACGUUUUCUAAGUUUCGAAGCAAUCUGUUCUACGGGGUAGCCGGCGAACCGAUCUCAGACGAGGACGUGCCGACCGACGCUGCCUAUCAGCCUCGGAAUAUGUCCCUUUAUGUCAUUCUGACACGUUUCUCCUGGACUACAUGAUCAUGUUCAUAAGAUCAAAGAGCAACUACUGGGGAAUAACUUUAUAACAUUAUACACUAUUCGUAUUCUGAGCACUGCAUCCCCAAGUUGUGCUCGUCUGAGAUUUUUAAAGUUCUCUGCACUAGAUCUAGACAAUUGCAAAUCAAAUACAAAGUACAACUAGUGUAAAUCCUGAUUGAUUAUCGGCUGGUCGUAAGACCAUAGAAACUAACAACUUUGCUAUUCAAGGAUGUAAACUAAAUAAUGAAACUUAUUGGUUCUGAGAAAUAACACACCCAGCACACAUAUGUUGCCUUUUUUAUACUUUUUCCUUUCCGCCUUCCCUAGAGCUCUCACGCAUGGCCUGUUGAGCUUGAAGAAGACAAGAUGACUAGCACGUCUACCCCACGAAUGAUCACACUGCUACUACUACUACCACUACUACUACGACGAGCUUUCUAAGGUCAACGAAAUGGUACAGCGCAAUUAGGCAGUUGGCUGAAUCCAGAGGUAGCAGGACAAGCAGGCCCGUAUCCAUCCGGACCGGUUUUUGGUCUCGGGAGCCGUGGCGGUGGUAGUGUAGGCUCCACGGACACGACAGUGAGUAAACGUUUUAAAAUUAAGGCUACAGUAAAUGCAUCUUUCCGGGCAUCUUGGUCCCGUUUCUCAAGAAAAAACGGGCACCAGAGCAUCUUUUCGGGCGUCUUGGUCCCGUUUCUCAAGGAAAAACGGGCACCAGAAUGCUCAUGCAGAUGGAUCAUUGAUGAUGGAUGUUCUAAGAAAAACGCGAACGGUGCAGCGACCGUGAGGAACAGCACUAAUGGGAGCGUGGCUGACGGGGGCACCCCUGCGGAAUGGCAGCUAUCAGGACGUAAUAAAUAGAUACUACAGACUUUGCCACAUGAGAAACCAAUAUUCGCACCACAUCUUCAAAUGUCAAAUAGCGAGAGAUCAUGAAUCAAGGAGAUUUAGAUUAGAGUAAGAGGAACAGCAGUUGUAUCUUCGUGCAGCCGAGUAGGACCUUGUAUUGUAUUUCUUUUCAUCUCACCUACUUCAGAAGCUGGAACAAUCCCAACGGCGAUGUCCUUUCAGAGUGUGCGUAGUCACGCACCCACGCCGAGUAGCUGCGGGCGUGAUACACCGGCGCGCAGGGGGAGCAGCUUUCAUGAAUACGGCACCCCAGCUGUCCCUGGCAUGGGGCAACAUACAAUCCUGAGACAGCAUUAAGGCUACUAAUCUAUUUCAGUUUUUGUUUAUUCAAGAUAGUUAUGUGGCAGAAUUUCCUGGAUGAAUACAGGGUAAAAAAAGAAUUCUUUGAAAAUACACUACAAACAAUUGAUUUACUUACAAUCGCGAUUACCGUACACACCUGCUCUGAACAAGUGUCAUAUCAUAAAACACGAGACGCCUAGCUCUCAGAUAUUUGAUAAAGCAGCGCUUUUUUUAGAUGGAGACAGAGGCAUGGUUUACUACACGGCAAGCGUAUAGUCCUAUGGAAAGAAAAACACGACAUGCCGCGAGAUUGAGUGCAUUCAUUCGCUCAUUGAUUCAUUAAACUUUUCGGAAGGUUAUGUCAUGGCUGUUGAAAGUGAUCAAGUUCUUCUAAUAUGUGGGACAUCACCCCCACCCGGUGGCUCGAAGCAGCGAUGUCGAUGGCGGCGAAGACGUCAACGUGGAAGGCGAAGAGGGGGAGGAAGAUCGCUCUAGCGGUGCUCUUCAGAGAUUAAGGCUCCUUUAUUCUUGUUUAGAUCUUUUUAAUUUGUAGGCUAAUCUUUCUAAUUUGUAUUUAAUUUUCCCUCAUGUGCCAGGUUUGACUAAUUUGUAGGCAAUAAAGAAAAACUCAGCUUCAACAUUGCCCACACUGUGGGGGCGAGACAAGAUGUUGUCGUGUGAAACAUGCGCUACUUUGCCGCAAGCUCUAAAAAAGAAGAUGGCCGUUGAAAUGGGAGAGACUCUCCAAUCGUCUUUAGAGAACUUAGCAGUGCAAGAGGAAAAGCAGUUAAGAAGAAGCAAGACUACAUCCCAUAAGAUAGUCGUUGUGCGAGCAUUGACUACUAAUUCCCCGACUGAUUGAAGUAGCGAGUAGGAGGUAGUCGAUAGAAGAAGUCGCUUCAGCAAUUCAGGUUAGUAGCCUUGCCGACUUGAUUGCACUCAGCAAUGGCGUAAAUUCAUUCAUGACAAUAUUUUAGAUACAUAUUUCUAACACAUGAAAAUAGUCUGCAAGAUGAACGUAAACUCAUCAUGAUGACUAAGCAGACUCCGUAGCACUUACUAGCUUCUCCUAGUUAAGAAACAAGGCAGAUCCUGUUAUCAAAUGCCAAUGCAAGGUAGAAGGUGUCGAAAUGCACUCAAAAUUGAUAUCCUGCUCUAAAUCAAAUAGGGCCUGCGUUGUUCCCCUUCGCAGUGACGGAGAAGGGAGAGAAAAAAAAGAUCGAGAGAAUCACUUUCAGCAGCACAGGCGAUGACGCUCGUUUUCAAAGUACCUCUUUUUUCAAAGUAGAGGCUGCCACAGAACUUAAAGUGAAGCAGUUUCCUCGCAAAAUUUAAUUCUAUCAUAGUUGGUAAAUAUUUCUAUUUGAAGAUGUUUAUGAACACAAGUUCAAGAUAUGUACCAAGAUAGAACAACAAAAGCUGACUAUACAUCCCGGAGGUCCUUGCAUCGGCAUGCACAUCUUUGCAAAACAUCAAAAUUUCCAGGUGGUCAAAUGAUGGGAGCAUCUUUGUUAGCGUGGAUCUUUCGGGACCUGGUAGGAGAAAGUUGCUAUGUGGUGUGGAAAAUUUUUGACGCGCUGUUGCAGACUCACUUGCCCGGCCGGGGUGAACCGAUGCGAGUGAUCGCGCAGAUAGUAGCUUUGAAACUCUCCAUGGUUGCCGCGGAUAUACCAACUUCUAGGUAGAACUUAAUAAAACUUCAAUACAUGAAUUGAGGUACAACACUAAUAUAACUUUGUUCUUGAAGUGUUAGAUGGAGAGGAGCCGUUUCAAAAUAAAGGUACACUUAGAUCUUUUGCUAUUGUCUUCCUGAUAAGGCAAGAAGACAAUAGCAAGGGCACAGUUACAUCUUCAAUACUCAAGGCAGUCUCAACAAGUGUAUCUUCUCACUCCACUCCGACUAUAUUUUUGAUCUGUAUGAUAAUUUUUUUUGCUGAAAAUAACUGUCCUAAGUUUUAUUGAGUAAUAAAUACUAGAUGAGUCAUCUGGUAGCUCGUGUACAACGCGAGUAAGGCAGGAAGGAACAUCAAGGCGCAUGGAUCAUUUUUGCGUUUUGAUAUGUUUCCUUUAGCCGAACACUGUGGAGGACUUCUUCCACUUCACGCAGCGAGGGUGAUGUUUUGAACAAAUCACAACAGGCGGACGCAACGAAGCAAUCCUCCACAGCAGGCGGUUAAGGCUGCCGCAGAUGCAUCCUCCUUUGACAUCCUCCUUGGCUCUUUUUCCAUAAGAUUGAAAAACGAGAAGCCGCCAAGGAAAGGACGUACGCCCAGGAAGAUGCGACUGCAAAGGUUCUAAAAUAAGUGGGAAGAAGCCGUUCAUGGAAAGGAUGUGGCGCAACGGUACUUUUCCGUAAUCUAGGACCAGAAAUAUGCAUCUUACAAAUUCCGCAUGAUGCAUGGUUCCUAUUCUGUAGUUUUUUACACUUUGUGAAGAAAGGAUAGUACAUCGAUAACUAGGGUAACACACUAAUCCUCCUCCUCCCCCUCGUACUACCAAGUACCACCGCAGAGGACAUUCCAUGGUCAAACUAAUAUCCUGUCUUCGUUUCUUAGUACCAGCGGAUGAAAUUAGCAAGACCCGUAUGAGUAAGAAUAUGAAAGCACAUAAAAUACGCAUCAACGAGCUUGAUCCGAUCAUCGUUCCGGGUGUCUUUGCGUUAAAUUCUCUAUCAACUGAUUAUUCUCCUCUCGGCUUAACUGAUCCUUUUUUCGAAAUGCCUAUUAAUCUCCUUUCUCCAGACGACGAGGGUAGAAGGCUCAUAAUGCAUCCGGAGCCCGAAUAUUUUCCGUACGCAGAGGCAACGCAAACGGUCAUUUUUCGAAAUCGCGUGAGAGACGAACUCCCCUUCCUCGGAAAACCCGUUCCUGGCGUGCUCACGCAAAUCGUUGAAGCCUUGGAAAGUGCUGAGUCCUGGGAAGGUACUGCUGCAUUUGCUUCUCGUCUUCAUGUUUCUCUUCAACAUCUUGAUGAUUUAAUUGAUAUCACGAUCUAUCUUUCUAGCUAUGUAUCUACUAGCCUCCACAAGCUUCGCCCGGCUUCAAGUUUAGCACUUUUCUGCGGCCUCCCACGGGCUACAGCCGCUAGAGUAGAGACAGCCCGCGGGAGAGCUGUUGCACUCUACGAAUUGGCGACGACAAGAGCCGAGUGCCGGCGGUGGCCGACUCAGAUGCGUCGACGCGUGGGCAGGGGGGGCCUUCGGUUUUUUUAUGGGAUUGCCGAGGGGUCAAAAAAACCAGAAUAGAGCCGCCAGACACUCACAAGAAUCAGCCAGCCCCAACGCGCCCAAACGCCUCGCGGUGGCGCCAGGCAAGAACGAGGGGCGCCCUUGACGGGUCAAACAAGAAAAAGCAACGCGUGGCCGCGCUGCUUGGGUCUCUCUACGUGCUUAAGCCUGGCGCCGUUUCUUCCUUGUUUCGGCAGAUGUCUCUCGUCAGAAACAGACCGGCGCACUCCGCGGGGGCGUCGCGCUUCGGGCUGUGGCUGAAGCCUCUCGCCUGGCUGGCGUCUUUCGCCAGGGUGGAGACUGAGGCCUUUCAUCAGGCUGAUGCCGUUCGUCAGACCAACGAGCUGCGCCGGGCCGGCGGCUUUCGUCGGGCAGGCCGGCGCCCUUCGGCAGACGUCUUGGGCCAGGCUGAGGCUUUUCGUCAGGGCGACGCUUCUCGUCAGGCUGACGCCUUUCGUCAGACUGACUGAAGCGCUUCGUCUGGCUGACAUUCUUCGCCGGGACAAGACUCACGCCGUUGGUCAGGUUGAUGGCUUGCCUCCGCUUGGCGCCGUUCGUCAGGCUGAUGCACUUUCUGACCAGCCAGGUGGCGCCUCUCGCCAGACCGGCGCACGGCUUCGCCAGGCGUCUGCCUUGCCUCGGAACAGUCGGAGCAGGGCUCUUCUUCGGGUUGCGGAUGUCUUUCGUGAGAUUGAUUCUGUCUCUCGUGAGAUUGCUUCAUAAUAUAAAUAAGGAAUAUAGAUAUUUAGAUUAAAUAACAUAGGUUGAUAAGAUAGCCUAAGAAUAUAGCUUAAGAACAUAGCUUAAGAAUAUAGCUUAAGAAUAUAGAUUAAGAAUAUAGAUAUGAUAUAGAUUAAUAGCUUAGCUUAAUGAUAUAGAUGAAUAAGAUAGCUCAGGGAUUUAGAUUAAGAAUAUAGAUUACUAAAUAAGCUAGAUUUUUUUUUUUUGUGAUGUUUUUUACCUAUCAACUUAUAAUGAUUCCCGGCUGGUCACCGGGGUCCCAUUGGGACAACAUUACCGCGCGAAACAUCGAGCGAUGACCUGCGCACUCCGGUACCCGUGGACGGGCCGGGGCUUGGGUCGUGGUUCUACGCUUACGACCUGGCGACGUGGAUAGAGGAAGGCGGGCGCUGCACUCCGUCGCAGGGAACGCGCACACGCUAGCGAACUGCGACGCGUCGUUGCUGCCCCUUCCUGGCGUGCGGUGCCCAUGCCUGGGCCUUCGGAUUGUGGGCGAGAGACUUCAGCGCGAGCCUUCGCGCGUGCUGGCCUGUGUUGGCUUCGGGGCCCCCUCGGCUUCUCUCUCCCUUGCGCGGAGGGUCUCCACCGGUCUCCACCACACCACUGCCGGCCAGGAGUGGCGCCGUCUUGGCGUGCUGCCUCUGCUGCGUGAGCGCCUCGGCGUCUAGAAGGUGGGCGCCAGAUUUCACUGCGUCGCUUUAUUUGGUCUUGGUUUGCGCUACUUGGUGGGUUUACGCUUAUACGGGACUGCGGGUUGCGGUCUGUGAUGCGUUGGCUUUCGGAAACUAUAUGAGCGAGCGGCGGCACUGUGCAGGGGUGCCGCCGCUCCCUCCUCGCGCACUUUGUGCAGGCCUGUGGCGGUCGUUGAGCUUGCGCUCCGAACUACGACGCAGCCCGCCGCGGGGGGGGGUCUGGUGCUUUGGGGCUGCCUUAGCGCAGAGCGUCGGCCUUCGACUAAAUGCCCCUGCUGAUGUAUCUCUAGCUGUUUCUACCGCUGCACUUGCUUACCCUUCUUCGGUGUUGGUUUGCGGCCUCCUGCCUCUUUUUACCAUGACGGCACCGGCAAACGCACCCGGACCGCGGCGCCUCUUGUUAGGACUCUCCUGCAUUUGCCGAGCGCGUCGCUGUGCUUCAGAUUCCGCCUUUUGGCCGUCUGUAGGUCUGUGGGUAGCCGUCUAUCCUUCUCCUAAUAGUAAUCCCUUAUAAUAAUUUAUUUAUCUAUCUAUCUAUCUAUUUAAGACAUCACGUCUCGAUACAAUAUAAUAAUGUUAAUGCUGAUAACUAAACUAAUUAAAGAGUCUUCCAUACCCCAAGAUUAGGUACACUACUACUAAUACUCCUACAUGAAACCUGCGCGAUCAUUUGUUUUGGUAAUCGUGUUUAGCUUCUCUCGAUCCUUCGGAUCAGGCCCGAUUUUUCAGUAUCGCCGAUGCAUCCAAAUUGGUCUUUGGUGGUAUCUUUUCCCUUCACAAGUGUUUACUUCCCCCGUAAUGAAUGUGUGAAGCAACUAUGCUAAUGAUAAAUAUAUCCAUCCCUCACAAAUCAGAGACAAAUGACAUGAUAACAAGCUAUAAAUCAGUGUGUGAAAAUUAUUAUAGAUAUUGAAACUUUGACCACUGCAGACAUGAAUUCGAAGCUACCGGAAAAGGAUCGACCUGGAUUCGAUGAAGAUACCGGCGUGGAGAUCAACCCUGUUUGGAGAAGACUCGCUUCGCUAAUGGCAAAGUUGCCGCGUCACCAAUGGAACCUCCAGAGACUGUGGCAAGAAGAAUUUUAAGGCAACUGCUAGAAUGGGUACUGCUUAUAUUACUAGUACACUACUCGUACUAGACUGCUAGACUGCCAUAGUCGAUCCAUUAGUUCGUUUAUGCUUUUGGCGAUCCCUUUAGCAACUGCUUCACUUGGACUCUAUAAUUAUUAUCCGGAUAAUACUUCUCGUCUUAUUCGUCCUUUCGUCGGUCAUAGACUGGUAUGCACAUACAUCGAACUUCUAGGUUUACGGACAAUUCAUUAGAUACGAUACUUUUCAGGUGGAAAUUUGCUAAAGGGAUCGGUAGAAAGGUAGGAAGAUGCAUGACUGUUAGGUCUCUAAGAACAUAAGGGGCAGCCUGUGCCUCCUCUGCCUGCGCUCGUGGUCCCCGAAUCGGAUAAAGAGGGCUCGGACAUGGCAGACUAAGAAAGUCGUGCUUUCCUGGAUGUGAAAAAAACAAGACGAGAGCACCUGGGGAGAGAUCGAAUUGGGAAAUUGAGAUUGCCUUCUGUAAUGUUAAGCCUUACCACAUUACAUCUUCCACUAACGUCCUUGGCCGUUUUUCAUGUAGAAAAUAGGCCAAGGCGAAUGUGCUGGAGAAUGUAGUCCUGCGAGCUGUAAUAGUGAACUAAGCUCGUGUGGACAAAAAGAUAGACAAAGACAGAUCGUGAAAGUGAAUACUGCAAGGAGUCAUGAAAAUAGACGUUUUUUGAUGCUGCACGUGUUACGCAUGUGGACGAUUCUGCGACAUUCCGGGAUGAAGAAGAACCCAACAUCCAUUCUUGCGCCUGUGCUGGUGGUCGUCAACAUUUCUGUGGAAGAAUUAUUGAGCAGGAAGGAGGUCCUAUACCAAUUGCAGACUGAGUUGGAUCCUUAAAUUCAAGCUGAGAAACAAAUAGACAGAAGCAGAUAGCAGAACUGAUAAAGAAAAUACACAUGAUUCAUCUGGUUGAAACUACUUAAGACUAUCCUUGUAGUUCUGGAACUACUACAACAUACUAGACUACAUCGCUUUAAUAUUUGAUAUCCUUAUCUUAGAAUUAUUCAUCAAAAGAAGAACCAGGAAAAUAGUAAAAUCUUUGUGUUAGUACAUCACCAUUAGCACGACCUAGAACAUCAAGACGAAGAACUUUUCUUGAACUAGGAGCAAAAAUCUCGAAGAUCUCUUACCUGUUGUACAAGUCAGAACUAUGAUCAGAAUGCUCAGGAGAACAGAUUGAUACUGUGAAAUUCGUACUAGGAGGACGAGCACGGCAAAUGAGCUUUCGGAUUGGAAGAGUACGCAAAGUAAUUUUUUCCCAUCGCAUUAUCAGCAUUACAAGAAUAUCAUUGUGAUAAGAAGUAUUUAAUUGAUGACGAAGAUUCUACUAAUAUUUUUAGAUCCAUCACCAAACAUUGUGAAUAUUGACGAUACAAGAAACUAUGAUUAUAGGUGCAUUUGAGCAAGAAUACAUUUAUGGACUGGGAAUGACAACAUCGAUCUACUGGAAUGACGCUCAUUCAUCCAGUUAAGAUCUACCUUUGACGAGGAGAUCAUAAGCAUGACAAGUGAGGGGAACGACGAGGGAGUUCACGUCCGACCUAGGGGAGACUGCACUAUGUGAGUUUGAUUUUUGAGACUGAAAUCGCAAUAGACUGCGUUUCAUCUCACUGGUAGGACAGAAAUGCUACUAGACUCUAUGAUGAGGGUGGGAGGUGUAGAGUAACAACUUACUCAUUAGGGUCCUCGUCCUAGCGAUCUUUAUUAUUCAACUUCUCGUCCAAACAACUAAAGAGGCGCGUGGAUGGUCGUGCAGGAGCCUUGGUAGACUAUCAAUACCUUUCGUCAUGCAUCAUUUAUUUAGAUCAUUGUAGUAGGUUUAUGUUCGUUCACACCACAUGCGUAUCAUACGGAAGUAAUCAGCGCUCGUAUGAUCUUUGUGAGUUGUGUUGAGUACAAAAUGCUUGCCAUCAUUUCUGAGGUGCAGUUGUAGGACAAGGUGUACGUACACAUAGAAUUUAUCUCGGUGAUCGUGUAAGGAUCGCAACACGAAGCGCACAGAUGACAAGAGAGUCCUGCUUGUUCUCACCGUAAAAGCUUGCUGAAUAAAUCGACAUUUACAAUUUCGUAUGAGGAUUUUCAAGGUAACUCUUCUCAAAACAACGCGGCAUGGCCGUAGAGCCGCGGACCUUUAGCCUUGAACCUUAACUCUUCUCAAAAUAAUGGAAAUAGCUAUAAAUAUAGACGUUUAUGGAUGGCCAUGCCAGAGAUCAUGAGAUCCUUUUUUGCAUCUCAUCUUUCGUGUGCAGCACUUCCAUUGCUGUACAGAAGUAGAAGUAGAGGUGACUACCAAGUAGGCCUCAUAAGUCGUAUCCUGUGCUGACAGAUGAGGGGUCGUGCUGCGGGCAUGGUCUUCAUUGCCGCCGUACGACAGGAUUCUGCAUGAAGAGGAUGAGGCACCAUAAUCAGGCAGCUGCAAACUGGAUCUGAUUACAUUGCUCUACAGAAAGAUUUACGUAGAAGUAGAGGUGACUACCAAGUAGGCCUCAGAAGUCGUAUCCUGUGCUGACAGAUGAGGGGUCGUGCUGCGGGCAUGCUCUUCAUUGCCGCCGUACGACAGGAUUUUGCAUGAAGAGGAUGAGGCACCAGAAUCAGGCAGCUGCAAACUGGAACUGAUCAGAAAAUAAGGAUGCAGGAUGUCGUACAACUUGUCGUGUAAGAAGUAGACGUCCUGGGUUGGUUAGAAAGCGAGAACUGAUAAGUAUUAGGAUAUUUCCAGGGGAUUCAGGGACUAGGGAAUCACGGGGCUUGCAGUAGCCACAGGGAUGUCUGUGGCUACGAUCUUGUAUCUUCCUAACAUACUGUUACAGUACUAUGAAGAGACCAACAAGCUGCAAGCCCGCAAUUAUAUCAUCAUGGUCGGCUACAUUUUUGGACGGCAAGAAGCUCGAUGGGCGCACUUAAUCUAGAGCAAAAUAGAUUCGUUGUGUGUUCCAUUCAAAAACUAUACUGAGGGGUAUGUUGUAGUUUGCUGUAGUCCUAGUGCCUGUCUUGAGUAGUCCUAGUAGUGGGUAUGAUUGUGUGGCCCUUGCGUGAGGCCAGCGCUUUCGGCUUUCUUAGUCUAUUUCGUAGCUCUACAACCGAUGCGCAAAUAAGAAUAUUGAGUUUAAGAUCAUUCACUGAUGACGAUUAAGAUGCUGGUAUACGCUGAAAAGAAAAGUCUUAGACCUCAUCCAUUCCAUCGUCAAAGUUAUAAUGUUGCUAUGGUUUCUUCCCUUAAGUGCGCUUUCUUGAUUCAGGGAAUCGGGUGAUCAUUAGCCAAGCGGAUCAUGAUUGCGCCAGGACACCUCGUUGCAGGGCCAGCUCCCGCUGAUUCAGGGAUCGAGACCAUGGCAUCCAUCAGGAUUCGGUUUCUGGAGUCCAUUCUUGGUCUAGCUAGGUUGCAGGUUCAAGACCUCGAGCUAGAACAAGAAUGGUCGACAUAGGCUUAGGAAGCGAGCAAGGGACUGACUUCAAUAUUGGAGCAAGGUGUCGACAGCGGGAUUAUUUGCAUCCUGCAGCGAUGGCGUAAAAUGAUGCUUAUGGCUAUUGACUAAAGAAGAAGCCAGGUGCCGGAGCUCGAUGUGCAGAAUCCAUAACCUAACCUAACCAAACAUAACCGAAGAAACUGCAUUCCUCGUACUUCUUGAUCAUGUUAAUCCUCUAUUUUCAAGAGUCCUCGUUUAUCUUCCCGGUUUCUACUUGAAAUUAGUGAAAAUGAAAGUCGAAGAGUCUAUUUUUCUGAUUUGAUUCGGUCGAAGAAGGCGAAGAACUACAAGAAUCGUGAUCACAAAGAGAUGCAAUUACGACAAAAACUGCUACCGCCAUCUUUUGAUAAAGAAGAAAUUUGAGUCCUUCGUGAUACACCGGACGAUCAGAUGAAUAGAUCAUCCUGGCAACAUCAGGAUUAUUAGAGGGACAAGCUAAGCGCGUGAGUCAUGGGAAUAGUUGUUGGACUAUAUCACAAGAUUGAUAAUCAAGUGGACCAGCUCUACCACGCAGAUAGUUUACGAGACAAGCAGCAGGGGACUCGAUGACGAUCUUGGUAGUGAAAGAAGAUGACGUGGCGGAUGGCAUUUUAAGGGUUGAAAAUGAUUUUUUCAAGAAGUGCGUCAAUUGGAAGUCUCUAACUAUCACUAUCUUCUGAGUGACAACUAAAAAAUACACAACGACGAGUAAUCUUCGCACGCUCCGAAGACAAAUAAUCGAGUUUCUUCUUCACUAAGUAAUGUAUUUUUAUCUAGAGAACUUACACGAAGAACAAUAAAAAAGGUGAUGCCGCCACAUAGCGGUGAUAGAAAAAGUGGCGUCGAUCAUGUAGAUGAGAUCAAACAUAAGGGACAUCGAAAAAAGUAGCAUGAGUAUUGCGUUGAAACUUGUUGUUCAACAGACGCUCGAAAUAAGGAAGUUGCUGGUCGUUUGCACGAAAAAUCAUUUUAGCAAGAAGUGGCCGCUGCUUAUAGCAAAUUUGGACUAAAUCCUCCCGAAACGCUCGUGAAGCGAAGACGCUAUAUUCUUUUUCUGUUGUAAAAUCUGAUUGGGGUUCGGUCUAGAACUCCUUUGUUCUUGAUCGUUGGUGAGAUUAGCUUCCUCGCUGCAUCAUAAAUUUCUGAAUUAUCGUGGUGAUUGACCACCAAAGCUGGCGCGUCGAAAAAACUCGAAGUGCUUGCUUUCUCUGCGCCCACCCUUGCUGGUGCGCCGAGUGUGUUCCUUGUGUUCCUGAGAGCAUUUGUACCUGCUUCUUCCAUCCUAGACCGAUGGCUGGGAGUGCUUCAGAUGACGAGGGUAGCAGGCUUCUUUUGUUCCCGGGUGUCUGAGAGAGACCUUUUUUCUUCAUCGGUCUAGCGCCGCCGGCCCCGAUGCUCCAUAUGCGAGCAGCCCCCCGCAUGUAGUUUUUUUGCCGCAAAGACGUCGUUGCUUUUUUCUUUGCCCCUCUAGCACGUCCCUUGUUGUCAGUAUUUUGCCGCUCCCCCCUUUUUGGUUGUUUCGGAUUUUGGCUUUUCCGUGGGAACCGACGAUGACGCUGGCUUGGAGAUGCGAACUCGGGAUGCGCUGAGGACUGGUGACGAAAACCGACGCAGGGGAGCCUUCGUUUGAAGUGAUGAGGCCACUAGUUUAGUUUCGUUUCAGCGAUGUGAUUAAUCUGCGUGUUCUCAUAUAUCCGACAUCCCUGCUGAAAAGCCACAUGAUGAGUUCGCGCAGUUGAUAGAGACAAAUAUACAGGUAGCUUCCUGCCGUCUCGAAAAUGCAAAAAGCGCGUGGACCGAGGCGGAUAGGUAUCUGCGCAGAGGUUGUAGCGUUCCCUCUUUAUCAGAUAGGCUUCCUCAUUUCAGAAUCGACGGAGCAAAGUAUGUAAGUGCGUAACUCGUAGCGUGUAGUAUAGGAGGUUCAUGCACUUUCGCCGUCGCCGGGUCGCUCCCUGGAAAGUAUGCAGCUCUGCUCUUUCGGCAUACGCUCGCGCUACAAAAAAGAAAAACCCGAGGCCACUAGUUCAGUUUCGUUCCACCGAGGUGACUAGUCACCAUGUGCUUAUAUAUCCGACAUUCUUAGAAACCUGACGAGUUCGCGCAAUUGAGAGAGACAAGAGUGCAGGUAGCGCCCUGUCGUCUCAAAAAUUGAAAAAGCGCGUAGUCUGAGGCAGGCAGCGAUCUGAAUCCUCGUAGAGUUUCAUCGUUUUGUAAUCGAUGGCGCAAAAAGGUAGCGAGUAGUCUAGGAGGUUAACGAACUCCCGCCAUCGCCGGGCAGCGUUCUGGAAAAAGUGUGGGUCGUACUCUUUCAGUAUACCGCCCGCCAUAGCCCCCCGCUCGAAAAGCUUGUAAUUGUAAUCGAGGCGCGGGAAAUAUUGAUGGUUCCUGUCUUUUAUGUUAUGCGCGUUAUAAUAAUAUCUCAUCUUCAUUCAUCGAACUAUCAUCUUGUCUCGCCAGUGGCAGAAGAUGGCCACCCAAGAUGCAUGAUGGUGAUUCGUGGAAGAUAUUACGAACUUCGCACUCAACAAAUCACGAUAGGCAGUCACUACUCUGAGGGGCUGAGAAGGUGCUGAUCGUAAGAAGCACGAAGCGAUCGGCGUUCAUAUUAUCCAUGAUUUUUUUAUACACAUCAAUCACUAUCUUCAUUGCGCAUUUAUUUAAAUCAUCCUCCAUAUGAACAUCAGCAACAAAUUGUUGUUAUGAAGAUCAUUUUUAGGUCACACAGCUACUGGGGAGACAGCAGAGCAGAUUGAUCCCUUUUCAGGUCGUUGGAAAGAAAGAAACGCAACUACAUGCGCCAAGCUUAUUGCUUGAAAGCUCCGCCCCUGGUGGGAAGGGAGACAGGUGCCUCUGAGGGGACAAACGCUCGCCCCUGGUGGGACAAGAUGCCGCCACCUCUGAGAGGGAGCGUGGGCAUUAGUUACGCGCCUAGCCCCAGGCGGGACACAAUGAGGCGCCGGAGCGCUUUGCGAGAAGUGCGCCGCGAUUGGUUCGCAGCAUGGGGGGGCUUGGACGCAUGGGGCCCCUGCGUGCUUGUGCUUACUACGGAGAUUCUGGGAUAGCGCCUACUGGCGUGGCUUAUGGUUAUCCCUCCUGUAAUGCAAGAGAGCGAAAGAGAGACGGCCAGCCCGGGGCGCCUUUCUCCAUUGCGUGCCAGGCAGGGCCUUCGCUCUCCUGAUGAAAUGAGCCGCCAACGAACGGCACAGCAGGAGAGGGGGGCGGGCUGGCUUCCGUGGUCCUUGUCUUCUGUGUGUCCAAGGUGAGGAGAGCCCCACAGCCUCACAGGCUGGCGCCGCCUCGUUUCCUUCCAAAGAAAGUGAGGCAAAAGGGCAAGGCCAUGGCUGCGAAGCCGUGAGGAGAUUCAGCGGGCUGGUUGGCUGCCCCAGUGUGGUUGCUUUCUAGACCCGUGUCGCGUGGUGUGCGCGGCCUGGUUGCUCGCCUCGCCCUUGUCGGGAUCCGUCCGCCCCCCUCCACCUUCUUUCCCUUUCCGUUCUUCCCUCCUGACCUCGGUUGCGGCGGGUCAACCCUAGCCACGGACCCGCGCACCGGUCGCCAGUGUUCAGCCCCAGGCGGGCAGACAGCGCGCUAGCUUCGCACUUCUUGGCGCUGCUCUUUUUCUGGGGUCUGAUCGCUCGGCCCGGGGGGGCGGCUGGGUUGAGGAUGCCCGAGGCGGACCUGGUCGCCUGACGUUGAGCAUCUCUGGCGCACACCUGCCACCGACUCCCCUGGUGGAGUAUCCCCGCGCCAGUCUGGAACACGCGCGAGCGUGACGGCAAGGCCCCCGGCCCGGCCUCAAGUUACCCGGGAGACUGAACACCGGCGAAGGCCCAGCGUGUUGGUGAGUCGCCUUCUAUGCGUGCAUGCGUAUAGCUUUAAGUUUAAAGGUGCAUGGCGGUCCCUUCGCUUUAUCUUACUUUCAACAAAUAUCAUCCCCCCUACGUGGAGGAAGACGAGGAGACGACAAGAACGCUGGGAACCCGUCGCGUUACAGGCAAGAAGUCGGGUAGUGUGGUGGAGGAUGGGGCUCACGAUGUGUUCUAAGUGAAAGCUUGAAAAGUCUUCAGUUAGACGACGUGGCAGCACAAGCCCGUGGGGCAUGGGAAUAGUGCUGCAAAAGGGAAGAGAAAAACAAAUGUUUUUUUUUUUGAAAUACCUCACUCUGAACAAUUCGACGAAAUAAAAUUGUGCAAUUACUAUACAACUGCAACCAACUAUUUUUUCAUUUUUCAGUUGAUGGUGAUUUUUUUCCGGAGCUUCGCAUUGGUCGUUCUGAUGGUAGAAUAUUGUGCAGUGAUUCCGCUAAAGCCCAACAAAAGGUCACCAUCUUCAUCACAUAUCUGUCUUUUGUCAAGAGUGAACAUCUUUGUUUUGACAUCGCAUGUGAGGCACUCUUCCUAUUUUCAAGAGUCUCCACUGAAUCUGUGCGAC